AUGUUGGGACUGAAAAGCUGUUUGGCUAUCCUUAUUGGAUAUGUCGUUGCCGUGUGUGCUUUGUUUUCAAGCAAGGGAAGGAAUCCGUCAUUGAAUAAUUGGGAGAAGUUAAAGGAUCAAAAAUUUUCCACUGUAGAUAACUUCGGGCUAACUGGUCACUCUUUGUUACAGUUCUUCCAGGAUAACUUGGCAAUUUUAGGUUUUUCUGAGGAGAAAGUUCAUCAUAAACGCUCUUCUUUUUAUUAUGAUGUUUUUAAAGAGUAUAUCCUACGUGGUGCUAAUUCAAAAAAGUGCUCACCUGCAAACUCAGCUAUUGCAAAACUGAACAAAGAUGUUAAUCCCAUGCCAGUUCACUCUCACAAUGAUUACUGGAGAAAGCUACCGCUUUUUGAAGGUCUAGCGUAUGGUGCAAGAAGUACUGAAGCAGACGUGUGGAAUAUAGACGGAAAAGAACUAGCCGUGGGCCAUAACGAAGCUUCUUUGGACCCAGUCGAAUUGACACUAGAUAAACUGUACACGGGCCCUCUUUCAAAAAUAUUAGAUGAGGUCAAUUGUCAAGAUUCUUUUUCCGAUAGUAAGAACGGUGUGUUCUUCAAUUCGCCUGAAACUUCACUUUUCUUUUAUAUUGAUUUUAAGUCCGAUGACAAUGAACUGACUUACAAAUUAUUGAUGCAAAAGUAUUUCAAGCCUUUGAUCGACUCCGGCUAUCUAACGUAUUACGACAUGAAAAAGGAAGAAGUUUCUUGGAACCCUAUUACAGUAAUAUUAACAGGCAAUUAUCCAACGUCGCUAGAGGUUUUAGAUAACGGAAAUGAUGACGGCUAUUUCAACUCUAACCAAAGAUUUGCGUUCUUGGAUGCACCAUUAUUAGAUUUGGAACCCAAGUACUCUAACCUUUCCGUCACUACGACUGUAUCCUUCAACGAAUUAAUGAGACAUUGCGGUUCUGAUCAUUGGAAGGUAUUGUUAAGAGGCCAUAUGGGUUCGGAUGAGAUUACUUGUGCCAAGAAGGUGAUUGACGAGGCCCAUGCGUUGAAGCUAACAACCAGAAUUUGGGGGGCCCCAACCUGGCCUUUUAACACAGUUAAGACCAUUUCUCACCAAAUCUUCCACGAUUUGGGUUCUGAUUUACUCAACCUGGACGAUAUGUUCAUGGCAUCGUCAUUAAUCUAA